AUGCCCGUGACAAAUUUCGCUGUCAAAGAGAGAUACGAGUAUCUCAACGGCUUUGGGUCCUAUCAUGAGUCGGAAGCCAUAAAGGGGACCCUGCCCAUUGGAGCCAAUUCCCCUCAAAAAGCACCAUAUGGCUUGUACGCUGAAAAGCUCUCAGGCACUGCGUUUACAGCCCCUCGGCAUGAGAAUCUCCAAACAUGGCUGUACCGUAUCAUUCCUUCCGCAGCACACACCUCUUUUGAAUCACUACGUGAAAAUGGGCCUGAAACAGGCGGAAAAAUACACCAGAUUCCGAACCAGUUACGUUGGGAUCCCUUCGACAUUAACACUGAGACGGACUGGAUCAGUGGGCUGAGGCCUGUUGGUGGUGCUGGCGACCCUUCCAUGAAGACUGGACUAGGCAUUUUCAUAUUUGCCGCCGGUAAGAGCAUGGAACAUAAUGUAGCCAUGUAUUCUUCUGACGGCGAAAUGUUGAUCGUCCUCCAACAUGGAGUUCUUGACAUCCAGACUGAGCUAGGAAAGAUACUUGUCCGGCCUAAUGAGAUCGCAGUCAUACCACGAGGGAUCAAGUAUCGAGUCGACCUUCCCGAGGGACCGGUUAGAGGUUACAUCCUUGAGCUUUACCAGGGCCACUUCACUCUCCCUGAGCUUGGUCCCAUUGGAUCGAACUGUCUCGCGAACGCACGAGACUUUCAGGCCCCCGUUGCCGCAUUUGACGAAGACGAAACCGAAUGGUCAAUCAUCACCAAGUUCAAUGGGUCUCUUUUCAUUGCGAAACAGAACCACACUCCCUUUGACGUCGUGGGAUGGCAUGGGCGGUACUACCCCUAUAAAUAUGACUUGGGCCGAUUCUCAGUCAUUGGCAGCAUCUCUUUCGACCACCCGGACCCCUCCAUCUACACGGUACUCACAGGCCCAUCAGACCAUCCCGGGACGGCCGUUGCAGACUUUGUGAUCUUUCCUCCCCGCUGGCUUGUGCAGGAAGAUACGUUUCGCCCACCGUGGUAUCAUCGAAACACGAUGUCUGAGUUCAUGGGACUCAUUUGCGGAGAUUAUGACGCGAAAAGUGGCGGUGGCUUUCGUCCUGCAGGAGCAAGUUUGCACAAUGUCAUGUCGGCUCAUGGGCCUGAUGCCAACACCUUUGAGAAGGCAUCCAAUGCCGAGCUCAAGCCGCAAAAGAUUGGAGAGGGUAGUAUGGCAUUCAUGUUUGAGAGCUCUUUGAUGAUUGGGGUUACCGACUGGGGCUUGGAGACAUGCCAAAAGGUUCAGAAGGGUUAUAGCGAAGAGAGCUGGACGGGUUUGAAAAAGCAUUUCAAGCGACCGGAAUGA